CUGAGCAUAUAUGGUAAUUGAUUUUAUCUGUACCUUAAAUAACAAUGAUUUACAUGCAAGUAUUAAUUAGUUUGCACUUUCGUUCUUCCACAGCUACUGAACCGCACCCCUUCUCCCACCCCACCACCCUAUCGAUCGUUUCUACCAUGAGUCAAGCCACCCCACCCCCUUUCUUCACCUGGGUAUCAAGCAACCUAGCGGCUCAUGGGAUGCCUUCCAGUCCGGACCAGAUGCGCUACCUAGCAGACAACGGCAUCCGCUACCUGAUCUCCCUGACGACGGAGUGUCGCCCCCCUGUGGAGGCCACGCCCAACGUCACGUGGGUUCCCAUUGGUAUAGAUGAUUACCAUCCCCCCACGCUGGAGCAGGUGGUGGAGUUCAUGAGGGUGAUGGAAGAGGCAGAGGAAAAAAAUGAGGCUGUUUCCGUUCAUUGUUUGCGUGGAAGGGGAAGGACAGGGACCAUGGUGGCCUGCUAUUUCAUCAAGAUGCAGAAAAUGUCUGCCGCAGAGGCCAUAGCAGAAGUGCGCCACCAACGGCCUGGCUCUGUAGAAACGGUGGAGCAAGAGAAUCUUAUACGAGAUUAUGAAACAUUCAUCAAUAAACCAAGUAUAUGAAAUUGUACUCAGGUCGACCUUAUAUGUAGCACAAAUGACCUUAUCUGUAGCACAAAUAUUGAGAGUGAUGUCUAAAGUAGGAUCUUAUACGAGAUUACGACACAUUCAUCAAUAAACCAAGUAUAUGAAAUUGUACUCGGGUCUACCUUAUAUGUAGCACAAAUAUUGAGAGUGAUGUCAACAGUAGUACUGUAAAUGAAAAUGUUUAACAUAUUGGGUACAUGAAGUAUGAAAACAUGUAGUUUUUUAAUUUUAAAGUGCUGAUAUUUUAAAUGAAAUUUUAAUGGUGCAUGACAUAUGAAAUACGGUAUGUAGAUUUUAAUGUUUUUAAAGUGAUCUUGUACUCAGGUCAACCUGAUAUGUAGCACAAAUAUUGAGAGUGAUGUCAAAGGUAGUAGUGUAAAUGAAAAUGUAUAUCAUACAGGGUACAUGAAGUAUGAAAACAUGUAGUUUUUAAUUUUAAAGUCAUGUAUUAUAAGUGCUGAUAUUCUGAAUGAAAUUUUAAAGGUGGAUGAAAUAUGAAAUAUGCAGAUUUUAAAUAUUUUUAAAGUGGUCGAUUGUAACUGUUGAUAUUUUGAAUGAAAUUGUAAAGAUACAGGGUACACGUAAUAUAGAAAUAUGUUGAUUUGUGUCUUACAAAUAUUUUAUUGUCUUUUAAGAUACCAGGUAAUUUUUCAUAGAGAAAUAUAUAUGCAGUCAAAGUGGUGUGUAUUUGAGUCUAGAAUGAGAAGAAAUUAUUUUUGAUAAAUCAUACGACUUGCGGUGAUAGCUAGAGUAUUGGACUUCAGCCUAUCAAAAAGAAUUAAUGACAAAUGUUUUCAUUGCAAUACCUUGCAGUGAAAGUAUCU